CAUUUUUAUAUUACUUUUAAGUUAUAUUAAUUAUUAUUUUCUGGAGGCAAAUGAUUAAAACAAACGCUUGAUUCACCCUGUAUCUAAAGAUAACUUGACAUAAUCUAAACACACAAAACAAGACCCAUUUACGAAAUUAAGAAAUACUCAGACCAUAUUUCAAUUUUUUAAAUAUUUUUCCAUUUAGUACAUAAUUCACAAUUAAGUGAAUACUAUCAGUACUUCUUCAGCUGAAAGAGGUCAGUUAAAAGAUAUAAGUGGUUAUCAAUACUUUGGAAAUUCCCGAAUAAACACACUAUUUAAAUUAAGAUUGCAAGCUUUUAUUUUAGUGCCAGUUCUAUUGCUGCAUAGAAAUGUUAUCUGCAAAAUCAGUGUCAGUUUUUUUCUUGUUAGUGGUUUUUUCACAUAUGAUAAACGCCGGAUGCCGGCAAUCUUUUAUGACAAUAUGUGACACUUUCGGCGACUUCAAAAACUAUAAAAACACCGAAAAAGUCAAAGAAUUAAUUAUAGGAUCAGAAACCAGGAAUUCUGCAAUGUCUUCAGUUAAUUUAAUGGAGACUUUGAAGUUGGAAAAAUUCCAGUUAUCCACACUAAUAAUAAUUGGUUCAAUCAAUCAACUGGAAAUGACUUACCACUACGAGUGCUUGUACGCAUCUAGUCCCUUGAAAUAUCUUAGUCUUUACGGAAAUGAAAUGAAGAGGAUUGAAAGAUACCACUUUCCACUUAUCCCACUCAAGACAUUCAAUCUUGUCAACAAUAAAAUCGAAAGCAUCCGAGCAGAAGCUUUGACGCAUAACGAUGUUGAAACUCUGGAUUUGUCCGAUAAUUUCUUGCAAACUAUCGAAUAUAGUUCCCUACCAUUAACAAGGACAACGAAAGUUAUAGCAAUUAGAAACAAUAAAUUGACCCACAUUGAACCCAAGAGUUUUCCUUCAAGUCUUCUUUCUCUUCAUUUGGAUAAUAACAAUCUCUGGCAUUUACAAGAUGGUGUUUUGGGUAACUUAGUCAAACUGCAAGAACUUACUUUAAGCCACAACAAAUUCAAGGAAAUCCCGGAUCUAAGUUAUUUGAAGCAAUUGGUCAUUUUUGAUAUGUCUCACAACGAGAUAAAGUUUGUCGAGAAAUGGACAUUCAAGAAUAUGGAAAAUUUACAAAUCGUGGAUUUAAGCAACAACGUUAUAGCAAGUCAUUUUAUUUUGAAAUGGCUGGAUGUUCCCAACAAACAACCGACCUUAACAAUAUCUUUAGCUUUUAAUCGUUUAAGAUAUUUAGAUUUGGAAAAUCUUCCACUUCAAAAUAAGACUUUUAUUCUGUAUGGAAAUCCCUGGAAUUGCAGUAAAUGGAAUGAACUGAAGACGGGAUUAACCGGUCAUGAAGGCAAAUGUGACAUGGGGUUUCUGGCCAAUGAACGUUGCCCCUAUUGCAUUAACUACACUCCGGGGGUUUACAGAUUUCAGGGCAGCAGCUCAGGCCAAGUGAAUUUCUCCUAACCGUGAGGUUUCUUACCUUUGUUCACUUGCGCGAUUGGGUUUUCACGAGAAAGAUACAAUCUACGGGAAUUGUUUAUAAUUCUAUGUAGAUGGCAGUGUGCUGUGGAAUAUGUAUAUUUUAAUACACUCAGUAUUGUUUCA